CCUUAGCGUGUGUGCCUGGAAAAACCAUGGAUGAUUCCCACUGAGGCACUCUGCAUUGGAAUCUCCAUUCCCAUUGUGCUACUGCUCACUGUUUUGACCGCCAUCAUUAUCAAAAAAUAUUUAUGCACAAGAGGAAAGGCGUUACAAAUGCGGAAGUUGUCAUCGAGUGAACCUCAGACUGGAACUUUGCAAAAUGCAAAUACAGUGCGCUACCGAGCAGAGGAGAGUAUCUACUUUGAGAACAAACUUUACAACAUGCAUUCAGACCCUGUGGCCCUGUAAGGCUUUAUACCCUUGACCACAGAAGGCAAUGACCUUAUGUCACCGUGUCACAGUCCUUUUAAGCUCUAGGAUGAUUUUUCUGUCAAUUUCCCACUGCAUUUCAACAUGUAAGUGAUGUUGGGUAGAGUGCCUCUAGCUCAUCUGUGUGUAUAGUCAAUCUUAUAGGUAAUAUACUCCGAAUUUCUUAUACUAAAAUUGGCUUUAUCUUCUCUCAUAGCAGAGUUCCCUCCCAAAUAUGAAAUGAAGACUUUAGUAUUGUAUAUUCUCUUUAGACCUUAUGCAUCCUGUGUCCAUCUAGAAUUCUCAUUGGGGAGAUAGGAAAGGAACUUCUACCUUGGUCACCAAAGCUGCCAAGAGGAGUCCAUUAGGACAUACAAUCAGCAAAUCACAUUUGGCACUUAAAUGACUUUCUCUGGAAACCAUCUAUGAUUGUUUCUUAUUUUUUAUCUUGCAACUCCAAAUGUUACAUUUCUUAGAUCACCCAAGGGUUUUAAAUUAUGAAGGUGCACAGGCUUUUAUUUCCCUCAUGAAGAAAUAAAUUCAGUGUGAUUUCGCCAUUAGGUCUGUUUUUUCAUGGCUCUGAAAAUAUAAGUUUUCAAGUGCUUUCUCUGGGAUCAGGACAACUAUUUGAGCAGUUAGAAGAAGCUAGGGUAGUGCAUGGACCAAGUAGAUAGUAGGGAAAGAAAAUCAAUUGCAGUGUGAUUUAACACAUGUAUUUAUUUUUGCUACAUCUGUGCCAUGGUUCUAGGCACUUAGGUAGACAACUAUCAGGGAAUCUGAACUACUUUUUGGAAUGAUGCUGAGCAGAGAGAGAGAGAGGAGAGAGAGAGAAAAUAGGGAAUAAGGCUUCAGAGAGAGAGAGAGAGAGAGGAGA